AUGCAAAAGUUUGACGUCGGCGCUACGGCGUUCAUAGUUGACUCCAGCGUGACCUCCUCGAGCUCGAUCACAGCACUCAACCUCGUCCAACUCGAUCACUUGAUGUUUGAUAGCGUCGGCGCGACCACGUCUACUCUGUCACUCCAAUUCUGUCUUUUGGAGCAUUUGGAGCAUAUGGGACGUGAGGAGCAAGGAAGGACUUGGUGCAUGGACGCAGCUCAACUGGACACGCAAAGGAAGAAGGAGGAAGCCAUCUUGAAGACCAGCUCGACCACCUACUCGACCACCGGUCGAGUUCCUCAACUCGACCGGCCAAGCUUCAACUCGAUCGAGCUGAGAAGUCAACAGUCAAACCCGAAAAAUGUUGCUUCCCCCUUGACUUCCCUUUGA